AGUCAGGAGUUGCUAUAGUUAGGUUCACAGAAUACUUGGUUAUUACGCUUGGAGCGUCAAAUCCAUACUUCGUUUCUGCGCGCGUAUUUACGCACACCAACCCUCAACAACACAGAUUCAAAUCAUCGCUGACAGCUUGAGUCCACUGACCUUCCUGUGAAGAAGAAGAAGAAGAGCAAUGGAUUUUGCGUGUUUAGUGUGCUUGGUGCUGAACAUCGGUGCUUGGUUCGCGUCUGCGGAGAGACACAGCGUCUACUGGAACAGCUCGAACUCACUCUUCUUAUGGGAUGACUACACAGUGGAAGUGCGUAUCAAUGACUAUCUGGACAUCAUCUGCCCCCACUACACCCACGGCGAAGUGUCACUGCAUGCAGCUGAGCGCUACGUACUCUACAUGGUAGAGAAAGAGGAUUACGACGUGUGCAAACCGCACUCCUUUGACCAGCUGCGUUGGGAGUGCUCACGGCCAUUCGCUGCCCACGUCCCUGAGAAAUUCUCUGAGAAAUUCCAGCGUUAUACUCCCUUUACCCUGGGCAAAGAGUUCAGACAAGGAGAAAGCUAUUACUAUAUCUCAAAGCCAAUGCAUCACCAUGGCCAGGAUUGUCUCCGGUUGAAAGUGGAUGUCAUCGGGCACAAAGGCUCUGCAAAGAACCACGUAGAUAAAGCCAAGGCUGAUGACACAGUAAAAAGCAUGGAUGCAGGAAAAGUGAAGUUCCCUGCUUUAGGAGGAGUUCACAACCCUUCAAACCGGCUCCCAGCAGAUGACCCUGCUGUGAUGGAGCCAAACGUGCAGAGGAGUAUUGGCAGUUCAGGAGCACAGCUGGUCUCCUUUUCGCUCCUCUUCACAAUGAUCCCAGUCUUAUUAGCACUCAUGCUACAAUGAAGCUGCUAUCACUAGAGACAAUACUGACUCAAUGCUGGUCAUUGGGACCAUGGACACGCAGAGAUUUUUUAUACAGACUUUUUAUACAAGCAUGGACAGUUUUGUGAGUGUGUUUUUGUGUUCGUGUGUGCGUGUUCGUGGGACGUGGAUCGUUCCAAGAAGAGGACCUCAGAUUUUUUUUUUACAACUUUAUAAUGAGGAUUAGGUUCUCAUUUAAGGACUCAUUUCAGCCGUGAUGAACAAAAAACUUCAAGCAAACGCAUCAAAAUACUUCAUGUAUUAAUAUCAUAGUGAAAAUCAAAAGAGGAUUAAAAUGUCUUUGUUA